CACCUCAAAGCUCUACAGAACAAUUCGAACCUUCAAUACCACCACAUUUGCCCCGCCCACUUUUUUCUUAUUGAUACGGAGAGACAAAUUCGAGAAUCUAGAACUUCAAGCAUCAUUUUAUUCAUCGACAAAACGAAAGAUAAUCUACUGGCGGAAUUGCUUUUGUGAGCGGUAGCGCCGCUGUCCCACUGCAAAGAGGACAAAACUCCAUCCCCCUUUGCUUAACUUCCCACGACAACCCAUACAUCUAUAUCAAAUACUACACAUAUAAUCGAUUCUUGCGAUACGACCAAUGUCUUCAGGACUCACUCGCAGAAGAGGUGGUGGAGGAGGGACUGGCGACACGGAAAAUGGAGAAUCAAGUCGUGUUGCGUCACCGGCGCCCAAGGCUGGCAAUUCACGCGAUACUAGUGGUCCCGAAACAUCAUAUGAAAGCGGCGAGAAUGGACACAAGAUUGCCUUUGAUCCGAGAGAUAUUAGCGAAAGUGCUGAGAGGAGCAAACAACCUAAAUUGACGCUAAUGGAGGAGGUUUUGCUGCUAGGAUUGAAGGAUAAGCAAGUAGGUGGCUUGAUCCGAACAGGUGGUAGUUUGCGGUUCUGCGAUCAGUACUAAUACGAUUUUGUAGGGAUAUCUCUCGUUCUGGAAUGAUAAUAUUUCGUAUGCGCUUCGUGGAUGUAUUGUCAUUGAGCUGGCGUUCAGAGGGCGCGUGAGCAUGCAGAAGGAUUCUUCGAGGCGGCGAUUUCCCUUAGCGGAUAGAGUAAUUGAGGUUAUUGAUGAUACCUUGACGGGAGAGGUAUUGUUGGACGAAGCGCUAAAAAUGAUGAAAGCAAGUGAGAAGAUGAGUGUUAGUUCAUGGAUUGAUUUGAUGAGUGGUAAGGAAUCGCAAUUUCAUACAUUACGAAAGUCUCAACAUUGACAUCAUUUACCAGGUGAGACAUGGAAUCUUAUGAAAAUCGGAUACCAAUUGAAACAAGUUCGAGAGAGAUUAGCAAAAGGAUUAGUCGAUAAGGGCAUUCUAAGGACCGAGAAGAAAAACUUCCUUUUGUUCGAUAUGGCAACGCACCCUGUAGCAGACGGUGGAGCAAAGGAAGAGAUUAGAAGAAGAGUCCGAAACGUCCUUACACAACGAACGGUUGUCCUCCCUGGUAGUCAAUUUCUCCCCGAAAACCUCGAAUUCAGGUACAUCAGAACAAUUGCUAUGGUAUGUGCUGCAUAUGCAGCUAAUGUAUUAGAGAAUGCCCUCGCAUCGCUGGGUCACGAGUCUAGAGAACGAGCAUUCGCUCAAGUCGAUGAAUUAUUGGCAGAAUAUAGUCAAUGGCCAUUUGGAAAGAGAGCGGGAGGUUCAGCAGGAAUCGGUGCGAAUUUGGGACAAGUCAUUACUGAUGUAUGUAUCAUUCCCUUUUUACCAAUACCCCUCCAACGGCCGUAUUAUAUAUACCAGUACUAAUACCACACAAAUAGGAGGUAAACAAUGGAAAGGAUAAAGAGCUACAACUUGAAGUUGUGGCGGCAUGUUUAAGUGUCUUUACCCGGUUGGACUCUUUGCUAUAAUUGCUUUCUACACAUACAAUUUGAUUUCAUAAGUACGGCAGGCGAGCGGCGCAUCUCGAUUACUUUUAUGAUGGAGGAAAAUAACAAAUAUAUUCAAACCAAAACAGCGAGACCUUUUGCUAUGCUACGGGGUUAAAAUCAUUCAUUUUCAUUCCCUGGGAAGGGAAGGGAAAGGAGGACAGCGAUAUGAAAGUAGGGGGUUUGGGGAUAUUAGACUUUAGUUCAGCGUAGGAAAGGAAGGAAAAAAUUCAUUUAGUAGUUUUC